AUGGAAAUCAUGCACAGUAGAAAAGAGGAAGAAGGAGGAAAGAAAAUUAACUUUGGAAUUGACUCGAUUCUCAAAAGCCAAAAGAAAAACGAAGAGUCCGAUUCUUCGACAGAAGAGGGGCACGGUCACGAGCCUCAGGGCAUGCCACAGCAUAUGAAUCCACUGCGACUUCAAGCACUGGCAGCUCAGCUGAGCAGUUUGAACAAUCAUCAAUCCAGUGAAAUGGCCGCCUGGUAUCAUCAAAAUCUAAUGCAGAACAUCGCUCAGAACAAUCAGUUAAUGAGUCUGCAGCUGAAUCGUCUGGCCACUCAUCCUUUUCAAAUCGGGCAAUAUCAGGGGCUUUUGCAACAAACUGGAGGAAAGUCUAGACGACCACGAACAGCUUUCAGCUCGCAGCAAUUAUUGGAACUAGAGAGGCAAUUCAAGAUGAACAAGUAUCUUUCAAGGCCAAAACGAUUUGAAGUAGCGACGAUGCUUUGCUUGACUGAAACACAGGUUAAAAUUUGGUUUCAAAAUCGAAGGAUGAAAUGGAAGAGGAAUAAUUCGAAAGAAAACGGGGAAGGAGAAGAAGGAUCUUCGGAAAUUCAAGAAGGGGAGCAUAAAGAAGAUAGUGAUACGAGUGAAAAUGAAAGUGAAGGACUGAAAAUUGCUGGUGAAACGAUGGAGAGCUAG